CUCUCGUCCCAAAAGCUUGCUUCGCGCUUUCGAAAAACCACACCAAGUCGGGAAGGCAGAGGCACAGGGAGGGAGCCGACAGCCGAGAGCACCUUCCGAUUCCGCCCAAGAAAUCUCCACCCAAUCUCUCUGUCCUCUCCUCCCUUCUCAUCAUUUCGCCAUGCUGCCAUCGCACCUCAACGGCCACUCCGCCCUCGGGCGCCGUCGCCCGCGCCUCUCCGCCGCCGCCGGGGAGUCUCCGGCGGCAGCGGGGGUAGAGGCGGCGGCUCCGCUGGAGGAGCACGACCGCAUCUACUUCCAGGCCUACUCCCAUCUCGGCAUCCACGAGACUAUGAUCAAGGACCGCGUAAGGACCGAUGCUUACCAUGCAGCGAUCAUGCGCCACCAGAAAUUUAUCGAGGGGAAGGUUGUGCUGGAUGUGGGGUGUGGUACUGGAAUACUCUCUGUGUUCUGUGCUCGUGCUGGCGCAAAGCGAGUGUAUGCUGUCGAAGCCUGUGAAAUUGUUGUCCAGGCUCGUGAAAUUGUAAAAGCAAACAACCUAACUGAUCAGAUUGUGGUCAUCCAUGGACGUGUUGAGGAUGUUGACCUUGAGGAAAAGGUUGAUGUUAUAAUAUCAGAAUGGAUGGGCUAUAUGCUUCUCUAUGAGAGUAUGCUGCCAAGCGUCCUAUUUGCAAGAGAUAAAUGGCUUAAGCCCGGGGGUCUUAUUCUUCCUUCUCAUGCUACGCUCUUCAUGGCCCCCGUAACAAAUCGUGAGAGAUAUGAAGACAGCGUCGAUUUCUGGCGUGACGUCUAUGGCAUAAACAUGUCUGCUCUUGUGCCACUUGCCAAAAAGUUUACAUCUGAGGAACCCUCCAUUGAAACAAUUGGUGGAGAGAAUGUUAUAAGUUGGCCAUCUGUGUUCAAGCGCUUCGAUUGCUAUAAUUUUACAGCUGAGGAAUUCAAAUCUAUCACUUCAAAAUACAAAGUUUCAUCAAUGAUGUUAGCUCCCAUUCAUGGCUUUGGUUUCUGGUUUGAGGUGGAGUUCAACGAGCCUAUAGAGUCCUCUCAUAAUUUUCCUUCCAGUUUGGAUCCACUUGAGAUUAUACAGAAGAAAAGGAGACGAUCCUCAGAAGAUAUAGUUCUGUCCACAGCCCCAGAGGAUGAGCCAACCCACUGGCAACAGACCAUUUUGUAUUUCCCGGAUCCUAUAGAGGUGAAGCAGGACCAAAUUAUAGAAGGUUCUGUAACAGUGUCCCAAAGCGAGGAGAAUCCACGUUUUCUGAAUAUUCAUCUAGAGUGCUUGUAAGUUCCUGUGUCAUACGUGGUACCCCCUCCACCGCAAAAUAGCACAGGAGGACAGACAUUGGUUAAGGACUGCGCCAUGCGAUGAACUGGUGUUUUUAUGCUUCUAGUGGCUUGAUUUCAGGCGCGCAAUGGGGUGUUGGCAGGGAGGAGCUGACAAUAUUUCAGAUUUCUUUAAUGGAAGUGGAGAAUUUGUACUAUUUAUGCCAAUUAUCCGUCUAAUACGAAGGCAGGAUUUUAGUAAUUGUACUCCGUCUUAUUCUAUAGAGUAUAUACUGGUUGUUGAUUUUGGAUCCGCACGCUGUGACCUAAGUCUCGCAUCCAAGGGUCCCUUUGGAACAAAGGAAACAUGAAGGAUUUUUUUAUGAUCCAUUCCCUAUCGGAAAAAUUCCCACGUGAGUCUUUAGACCACAUUAUCCAA